AUGUCUGAGCAAACCGAGAUCAAAUCGUGCUGUGUCACUGGACACCUGCACCAAGGCCAACCCCUCGGAUCCAUGGAAACGGUCCACGGUGUCCACUCCUACGUCUCCAAGCCUAAAGAGGCCAGCGGUGACAAAGUCGACAAGGUCAUCCUCAUCACUGACAUUUUUGGAAUCUACAACAACACAAAACUCGUUGCGGAUGAAUGGGCUGGACAAGGGUACGAGGUCUAUGUGCCUGAUUUCUUGGGAGACAGUAAGGUUGAUGAGGAGUUGUUGAAUACCAUCGCACCCAAUCUCCGGGUCCAGAAGGAGGCUACUGUCCUACCCAAAGCUGCAGACACAGCCAAGACUGGCGCCGCGAUCGGUCCAUUCUUGAUCACUAACCGCGAGGCUGUCACCAAGCCGAAAAUCGAAGGAUUCGUCCAAGCUGUCCGAGCAGAGCCCAACACUCGACACAUUGCAGCCAUUGGAUUCUGCUGGGGUGGUCGAUAUUCGCUCCUUUUGGCUCAGGAGGAUUCGCCCGCCAGGGUCGAUUGCGCCAUUGCCAACCACCCAUCGUUCUUGACCAACGACGACGUCAAGGAGAUCAAGAGCGUCCCUGUGGCCAUCUUCAAGGGUACUCAGGAUGCUAUGAUGAGUGAUGAUGCUUUGGAUGAGGUCGAAGGUAUCUUGUCUAAGAACUUGCCCAGUGAUAAGCUCGUCGUUCAGAAAUUCCCCGAUGCCGUUCAUGGUUUCACCAUCCGAGGUGACAUGGAAGACGGUCAAGAAAAACAACAAAAGGAAGAUGCUCAGAAUGCAGCGAUCAAGUUUGUCAAAAAGGCUUUCGGUGCGUAG